CGGAAAGAAAGGCAGCUAAAGUUUAACUGGAUGUCUGCAAGGUUUCUAGAAUGAAUACCAUUCCGUUGUGUUAUAUUUUAUUUCUACUGGCCAGAAUCACUACGGCAGUUGACUAUUCAGCAAUGUGGGAAAGCAUGAACUCCAACGAUAUUUUAUAUUCACCAGAAAAGAGCUCAGAUGAACACUCGCAUAAUGAAAUGGGUGAAUACGACAUGGAUUACAACAGUGAAAUCAAUGAACACCACAACUGGGAUAAUGACCAAAAUCACCACUACGACGUUAGCCAAGACCACCAUUCUGGACAUGACGUGCAUAGUAAAGGAGAAAAUAGUUCAAAUGAGCCAAUGAGGAGUGAAAUGGAUAAACACGAUACCCAUGAUAGUAAAUAUAUUUUUGGUAUCACAUAUGACAAAAGAGAACCUAAAACUGGCAAUAGUGACGAAAAGAAUCACAAGCGGGAUCACGACCAAGAUCAUCAUAAUGACUUCAGCCAAGACUACCAUCAUGAGCAUGAAGCACAUGGUAAUGAAGACCACGAUGGCCACAAAGUUCACGAGCAUCAUCAAGAACAGGAAAACGAGCAUGUUAUGGGAAACGAAGCUGGAUCUUACCACAAAACCAUAUUAUACAUCACUGUAGCCUUUAUCUGGAGCGUUGUCCUUAUGAAUUAAAAGACUCAGAUAGAAAUAUAGCUGUACCUUUUAAGUCUAAACUUCAUAUGUAGCUGAUAAUAUGAAUGUCUUGCAAGUUAAUACUUCCUUAUUGUCUAUUAGUUAGAUCGGAAUCGCCGUUUCAGUAUGGGUACUAAAAUCUUCGUAUUUGUAACAGAAUAUCUUCAAAAUACAGCGCUUGAAAUUCAAAGAAGUAAAAAGUAUAUGAUUUAGUAUGAUAUACCAAUGCUAGGUUCUUGAGCUACAAAUAUACUUUUGAUCUUCAAUUUAAAAUAUGUAUAUAUAUCAAUGUUUUUUAGUCAGUGUAAUAAUCUAAAGAUAAAUUUUGAAAUAGUUGUUUUUAUUCUUAUAAAUGUCUAGAGAGAAUAAUCUUUAAAAGACUUUAAAUAAAUAGUUUGACAUCCAAUCGUAAUUACUAAAAACUGUUAGUCAAAAUAGACGAAUUGACAAAGGUAAAGGAUAAAAACUCUGAAAAUCAUCAGAUCAACGGGCUACAUGAUUUCAUCUCUAAUAUUUGAGAAUAAGCCCUUUAUAUAUAUAUAUAGUAUAAGUGUGUUUAUCGAGCAUAAUUAUAUAGUAAGAGUGUUGUUCACGUAUCUUGUAUUAUUUAUGUUUAGUCACUUAAUAAAUUAGAUGUGUUGUUUUGUACUUUA